ACAAGCCAUGGUAGAAUAUACAGCUGUAAUUCACAACAAUGGUGGUGCCGGUCGUGUUUUAGGUUAAAGUUGUGUGGUUUUCAGUAAUUUUAGUCCAAUUAGUAUUGUAAAAAAUGGACAAUAGAAUCACAAUAUGUGACCCAGAUGAAGAAGAAAUUAAUAAUGAAAUAUUUCGGGAUAUUGAACCACCAGUCACGUGGAUCAACGAUGAUCCGACCUAUGAUUUGGAUGAGAUCAACAUGUUCUUCCAUAGGGUGGAUUCAGAUCAGAUUAUAUAUGAAGAAAAAAAGAAGAAAUGUAAAUUUAUCGGUAAAUAUGUUAUGGGUGAUGUUCUUGGUGAAGGUAGUUACGGAAAGGUGAAAGAAGUGCUGGACUCAGAGACACUUUGUCGAAGAGCCGUGAAAAUCUUAAAAAGGAAGAAACUUCGUAGAAUCCCAAAUGGAGAGCUUAACGUUCAACGGGAGAUAAGACUAUUAAGGAUAUUAAAACAUAAGAAUGUAAUUAACCUUGUAGAUGUUUUAUAUAAUGAUGAAAAGGAGAAGAUGUACCUAGUUAUGGAAUUUUGUGUAUGUGGAUUACAGGAUAUGUUGGGAAGUACACCUCUCAAGAAACUUCCAAUUUGGCAAGCACAUGACUAUUUCUGUCAGUUAUUGGAUGGUUUGGAAUACCUCUACAGUAAAGGGAUAGUACAUAAAGAUAUAAAACCAGGGAAUUUAUUAUUAGCUUUAGAUGGUACCUUGAAGAUUAGCGAUUUUGGAGUUGCAGAGGCAUUAGACAUGUUUUCUGAAGAUGAUACAUGUAAAAUGGGACAAGGUUCACCAGCAUUUCAGCCUCCUGAAAUUGCAAAUGGCUGUGAAACAUUUUCUGGUUUUAAAGUAGACAUAUGGAGCAGUGGAGUUACAUUAUACAAUAUAACUACAGGUCAAUAUCCUUUUCAAGGCGAUAAUAUUUAUAAAUUAUAUGAAAAUAUUGGAAAAGGUGAAUACUCUAUACCUGAAGAAGUUGAAGAACCUUUAAAAUCUCUUAUACAAGGAAUGUUACAAAAAGAUGCAGAUAAAAGGUUUACUUUGCAACAAGUUAAAAAACAUCCAUGGACUAUAUGCAGGCAUCCUAAAACACAAGAAGAAGUACCCAUACCUCCUCUUAAAGGGCAUAAAUGGCAUAGUAUGACCGUACUACCGUACCUGAUGGAGUAUCAUUACGGAAGUGACGACAAUCCUAUGUAUUAUACUGAACAUCAACUAAAUGAAGAAAAACGGCUUCAAGAAAUGGACAAAAUUAGUGAAGACCAAAAAACUACUUGGAAUAGUCACAACAACAAACAAAAUUCACAUCAGAGUAAACGGAGAUGGCGCAAACCAAUUUCAUGUAUUAAUGUUAAGAAAUUUCCAUCUUGUAAGCCAUCGUGAUUUAACUCAUUGUCAUACUUAUUUUUUAUCAUACAUUUUACUGACUAUGUCAGGUAUAAAGUUUCUCUGCAACGGAGAUGACUGAAAAUUUAAUAAAUAUUAAAAUAUGCUAGAAUAACUAUCUAGCUACAGCUCGAAUUGAGUAUAAAUUUAAACUAAUUCAAAAACAUUAAAUGUAAACAUUUGUGAUAUUAAUAUUAAAUAGUCGUAGUAGAUAAUUCAUUAUGAUUUAUUAAUUAUGAAGUUAAUAACUUGACAUCCAAAUAAAGUGAUUUUCUUUCACGUGCCAUAAUGAAGUUACAAUUAUUAAGGUAUAUGUUAUUAAGUGUUCUUUUUGUAUAACUUUUUUCUUUUCUUUCUUUUCUAUCAACUUAAAUGAUAAAAAGAUUGAAAAAGUAAUACAAAAAAUCAUCAAAUUAUUUUGAAUUCUAUUUUUUAAUCAUCAUGCUUUGCUCUAUUACUCUUGUUUUAUGAAUUAGAAAAAAACGUGUUACUUUGAACAAAAUUUAUGUGAGCUAUUUUACUAAUUUUGACACUAAAAUUUGACAUUUAAAAUUUAUAUUUUUUAUUCCUUUAAAGCAAAAACUUUUGUUUAUUAUUUUGUUUUGUUAAACAGAUUUAUUUAUAUAAUACAUUAACAAACUAUUUCUAAAACAAAAACUUUAUGGUUGAUGUUAUGAUGGAGGAUAAAAUAAUUCAAACAUGCAAAUAUAUAAACGUAUAAACAGAAACAUAUUAAAUAUGUCACAAAUAUUAUUUUAGAUUGACAAAAAACUUUCCUCCAAUAUAUGUACAUGUUAAAAAUAUUUUAUAUAUAAUUGUUAUUUUAGAAAAUAUCUGUGUUUGUAGACUGCAUAUAUAUGAUAGUAUUAUCAUCGUAAGAUGACUUGUAAACACUUAAUGCAAUUCUUGUAACAUGACUUAAUAUAAAACAAACAUCGAUUCUUCUAUAUACAAGAAUAUUGAGAAUUGUUUCACAUAUAAAUACUUAUAAUAGAUAUUAUCAAAGCGUACUUGAAUAUCAUUAAGGAUAAAUACAAUGUAUUGUUGAUCUGUAUGUUUACUUUUAAAUUUCAUAUUAAAUGUUCCGUAUUCAUGCUUUAAUAUUACACCAAAUAUUGUUAAAAUUGGGUGUGAUAAAUUUAGCAUGUAAUAAAUCUUUAUACAGGAGCACAUUAUACACAUACAUAUUUCAAGUAUGAAUUGUAAAUCUAUCAAUUAAAAGAUAUAACCAAUUCAA